UUUUGUAUUUUUAGUAGAGACGGGGUUUCACCAUGUUGGCCAGGCUGGUCUCAAACUACUGACAUCAAGCGAUCCGCUCCCCUCAGCCUCCCAAAGUGCUGGGAUUACCAGUAUGAACCACCACAACCCACCAGGAAUUUUUAGUUCUUAGCUUUUGCAGGAGACUUCAAGGAAAGGAGAUGUUCCUCUGUGCAGGAAAUGGGGAAGGUGACCAUUUUUGCAUUCCUGGUUUCCCGUCUUGGCAGGGUAGUCAUGAGGCAUCACUGUUCCUGCUCUCCCACUCCUGCUCCUCAUGCUCAGCCUGCCUAGCUCGGCCUCAACUUUCUCUGUGUGUCUAAAGUGGAACUGGAUAGAAGGCUGUGGGAAGAUAGGAAAGAGAUGGUGCCAAUCCCCUUGCCCAGAUCUUACAUCCAGACUCAGCAAGGCAAUCACAUGGGCAAGCACAAGGCAGGGGUUUGGGGAAAGGGGAAGUAAUUGGCAUUCUGUGUGAUACCAAGGAGACCAUUUGGAUUUUGGCUUCUACCAAAGAGAAUGGAGAAUUGGUUGACCUAAAUGGAACCAAUCCCUUUAAGUAAGGCGAGGAAAGGGGGUGCUGGAAGAUGGCCAUACAACCUAGAUCAUAGCUUGAACUGAAACCAAGAACAGAGUGCUGCCCCCUUCGGCAAUUUACUGACAUGCCCUCUUUAAAUCAUGAUGUUAUCUAACCCAAACCCAGACCCAGGACCUAGUCACAGCUCCAACCUACACUUCCUAUUAAUUAAAACAAACAAACAAACAAAAAAAAACUACAUUAUUACUGCAAAACAAACAAACAAAGAUAUCAGCACUGUAGCCUCUCAAUCUGAGCCCAUUUCCCUUCUCUAGCUACCAUACCUCCUUCUCCUAUAUGAUACCAUUCACUACUUUAUUUAAUUCUCCAGUCUAGACCUGCAUCUUGAGACCACACCCAGCCUACUCACUCCCCACACCCCUCUUUCCUCUCACUGCUCCUUCCUGGUCUCUUCUCAUCUGGCUCCACCUCUGAGGAGUCCUCAGAGAAACCCUUCUGGGUUGCCCUGGAACACAGACUAUCCCCUCUCCUAGUGAAGGGAGUGGGUAGGGGUUUCAGCCCCACCCUCAGGAAGAUGCGUCUUCCCUGUCCUCUGCUCUAUGGUACUUCCUCUCUGGCUGACUUAGCAAACAGCGCCUAGACCGGGGGCCAGGCCCUUGGCAGUGGGACAGAUCCUGGGAUAGGCUACGGCACCUUGCCCUGACCCUGGGAUUGGCGUCAGCUUCCAACCAGUUCCUGUCAAAGCUUGUAAGUCCUCCAGACGGCCAUGAACACUACAUCUUCUGCAGCACCCCCCUCACUAGGUGUAGGGUUCAUCUUUCUGUUGGCUAUCAUCCUGCUGUCAGUGGCGCUGGCUGUGGGGCUUCCCGGCAACAGCUUUGUGGUGUGGAGCAUCUUGAAAAGGAUGAAGAAGCGCUCUGUCACUGCCCUGUUGGUGCUGAACCUGGCCCUGGCCGACCUGGCCGUAUUGCUCACUGCUCCCUUUUUCCUUCACUUUCUGGCCCAAGGCACCUGGAGUUUUGGAUUGGCUGGUUGUCGCCUGUGCCACUAUGUCUGUGGAGUCAGCAUGUACGCCAGUGUCCUGCUUAUCACAGCCAUGAGUCUAGACCGCUCACUGGCAGUGGCCCGCCCCUUUGUGUCCCAGAAGCUACGCACCAAGGCAAUGGCCCUGCAGGUGCUGGCAGGCAUCUGGGUGGUGUCCUUUCUGCUGGCCACACCCGUCCUCGUGUACCGCACAGUAGUGGCCUCGAAAAAGAACAACAUGAGCCUGUGCUCUCCGGAGUACCCCAGCAAGGGGCACCAGGCCUUCCAUCUAAUCUUCGAGGCCGUCACGGGCUUCCUGCUGCCCUUCCUGGCUGUGGUGGCCAGCUACUCCGACAUAGGGCGUCGGCUGCAGGCCCGGCGCUUCCGCCGCAGCCGCCGCACUGGUCGCCUGGUGGUGCUCAUCAUUCUGGCCUUCGCCGCCUUCUGGCUGCCCUACCACGUGGUGAACCUGGCCGAGGCUGCCCGUGCGCUGGCCGGCCAGGCCUCCGGGUCGGGGCUUGUGGGGCAGCGGCUGACACUGGCCCGCAGCGUACUCAUCGCGCUCGCCUUCCUGAGCAGCAGCGUGAACCCCGUGCUGUACGCGUGCGCCGGCGGCGGCCUGCUACGCUCGGCGGGCGUGGGCUUUGUCGCCAAGCUGCUGGAGGGCACGGGCUCCGAGGCGUCCAGCACCCGCCGCGGGGGCAGCCUGGGCCAGACCGUGAGGGGCGGCCCCGCCGCUCAGGAGCCCCGUCCUUCCGAGAGCCUCACUGCUUCCAGCCCUCUCGAGUUAAAUGAACUGAACUAGGCCUGGUGGAAGGAGGCCCACUUUCUCCUGGCAGAAUGCCAGCCCUGAGCCAGUUCUGUACCUGGAGGAGGAGCAGGAGCGUGGAGGGCAUGGGAGCGUGGGAGGCGGGAGUGGAGUGGAAGAAGAGGGAGAGGUGGAGCAAAGUGAGGGCCGAGUGAGAGAGUGCUCCAUCCUGGCUCUCACAGGCAGCUUUAACCAUUAAAACUGAAGUCUGAAAUUGGGUCAACCUUGUGAGUGCGGUACGUGUGCUGUGGGCAUCGGGGUGCUUGUGGGUGCCCUGGUGGGACCCCUCUCAGUAGUCGAGAGUUACCUCCUUUAGUUCCCCAUGAUUUAGAAUUUUGGAAAGGACACAAGGACAAACAUAGAUUGCCCCCAUCCCAGGUGAUUCUGAGUACGUAGUCUGCAGAUAAUACUUAGCAAAAUGCAGUCUGCGGACUCCUAAAGCAGCUUGUCUAGGAAGACCACCCAUGUGGGCCUAUCACUCCAAGCUCUGUGACUCAGGGGACCUUCUGAGAAAAUAGCACUGCUAUGAAACAUCUUCCCUGAAGCCUGUGAUAAGUCUUCUUGUUAGCAUGACUCCAACUUCCUGCCAAUAAUCUUUAUCCUCUCUGUAGGAGGUAUUCUAGGGGAUGCCUUCCUUCCUUCCUUCCUUCCAUUUCACAAAGAGGUCAGACUUGAGGACUAAGUCAUUAGAUCUUAUCCCUUAGAAUUCUACAUAUCAGCAUCUGCUAACCUCCACAACACACCCUGGCACAGGGUGGGGCUGAGGGCCCCAGGAAACAAAGAUUCCCAAAAGUGAGAGGGAUGAGUCAUUAUUUCCUAGAAAUGACUGUUGUUUUAGAGAACCUUGGUCCAACUCUGUUCUGACAAGGUUUUAGGAAGAUGGCAACAACAGUGGCAGCAGUGUACUUUUUGGAUCUUUCUCAUAAAAAAACAAAAGAGCAAGUAACAGAGUGAAACCAAAUAUUCACAUGCAACAUCCGCAACAAACCUAGUAUGUCAAGGUAUCUCCCAUGGACUCCAAAGUAUGAGCCAGUGAGAGUGAGUCAUCAAUACCUCAAGACCCAUAUACCAGCAUCUGUGCAGAAGGAUACAGAAGGAAGCAAAGGGAUGUUGGGUGGAUCUAAGAAGAGGAGACCCCCAAGCUGUCUACAGAUCCUUACUGGAAAGCGUGGUGUACCAAUUUGAGAACAGCAGCUGAAACUGGGAGGGACCUCACAGAGUAUUUCUCAGACCUCUCACCCAUUCUAUAUGGUGAACACAUGAUAGGUACUUAUUUAGUGUUUGUUGAAUGAAUGAAGUUCAAAUGACAUUUCCCUGGA